AUGACACUACUACCCCCAUUGACACCUACAAGCACCGGAAACAGCGAGUAUCGUCGAGGAGAACCCGAAGAAGUGAAAAUCGAACAAGUAAAAGCAGAAACUGGUGAAAUAACACAAGUGAAGACGGUUAGACGAGUAAUUAAGAAGAAAAGAGGUCCUAAACAAGAAGUCACUGAGAUAACAACUGUGGAAAAGGAGGGCGAAGAACCAGUCACAACCGUAACUGUCAAGGAGGAAACCCCAAUUGAAAAGGAGGAACUCGUAGAACUUCCAGAAGAGACGACCGUGGAGGAAGUUACUUCGGACGAUGGUAAGCCUAAGCAAAAGAAAGUAACAAAACGUGUCAUCAAAAAGAAGGUAGGUCCGAAAAUCGAAACUACACACAUUACCACCACACAACAAGACAACGAACAACCAGUCACAACUGUUCACAAAACAGAGGAAAUCAUUGAUGACACUACUACCCCCAUUGAAGACCUACAAGCACCGGAAACAGCGAGUAUCGUCGAGGAGGAACCCGAAGAAGUUAAAGUCGAACAGGUAAAAGCAGAAACCGGUGAAAUAACACAAGUGAAGACGGUUAGACGAGUAAUUAAGAAGAAAAGAGGUCCUAAACAAGAAGUCACUGAGAUAACAACUGUGGAAAAGGAGGGCGAAGAACCAGUCACAACCGUAACUGUCAAGGAGGAAACCCCAAUUGAAAAGGACGAACUCGUAGAACUUCCAGAAGAGACGACCGUGGAGGAAGUUACUUCGGACGAUGAAACUGGUGAAAUAACACAAGUGAAGACGGUUAGACGAGUAAUUAAGAAGAAAAGAGGUCCUAAACAAGAAGUCACUGAGAUAACAACUGUGGAAAAGGAGGGCGAAGAACCAGUCACAACCGUAACUGUCAAGGAGGAAACCCCAAUUGAAAAGGAGGAACUCGUAGAACUUCCAGAAGAGACGACCGUGGAGGAAGUUACUUCGGACGAUGGUAAGCCUAAGCAAAAGAAAGUAACAAAACGUGUCAUCAAAAAGAAGGUAGGUCCGAAAAUCGAAACUACACACAUUACCACCACACAACAAGACAACGAACAACCAGUCACAACUGUUCACAAAACAGAGGAAAUCAUUGAUGACACUACUACCCCCAUUGAAGACCUACAAGCACCGGAAACAGCGAGUAUCGUCGAGGAGGAACCCGAAGAAGUUAAAGUCGAACAGGUAAAAGCAGAAACCGGUGAAAUAACACAAGUGAAGACGGUUAGACGAGUAAUUAAGAAGAAAAGAGGUCCUAAACAAGAAGUCACUGAGAUAACAACUGUGGAAAAGGAGGGCGAAGAACCAGUCACAACCGUAACUGUCAAGGAGGAAACCCCAAUUGAAAAGGACGAACUCGUAGAACUUCCAGAAGAGACGACCGUGGAGGAAGUUACUUCGGACGAUGGUAAGCCUAAGCAAAAGAAAGUAACAAAACGUGUCAUCAAAAAGAAGGUAGGUCCGAAAAUCGAAACUACACACAUUACCACCACACAACAAGACAACGAACAACCAGUCACAACUGUUCACAAAACAGAGGAAAUCAUUGAUGACACUACUACCCCCAUUGAAGACCUACAAGCACCGGAAACAGCGAGUAUCGUCGAGGAGGAACCCGAAGAAGUUAAAGUCGAACAGGUAAAAGCAGAAACCGGUGAAAUAACACAAGUGAAGACGGUUAGACGAGUAAUUAAGAAGAAAAGAGGUCCUAAACAAGAAGUCACUGAGAUAACAACUGUGGAAAAGGAGGGCGAAGAACCAGUCACAACCGUAACUGUCAAGGAGGAAACCCCAAUUGAAAAGGACGAACUCGUAGAACUUCCAGAAGAGACGACGAAGGAGGAAGUUAUUCGGACGAUGGAAACCCUCGACGACACGUACACUUCACUUGACAACUUACUAGCACCACAAACAGCCACUCUACUCACAGAAGAACCCGAAGAAGUGAAGGUUGAGCAAGUGCAAGCAGAAACUGGUGAAAUAAGACAAGUGAAGACGGUUAGACGAGUAAUUAAGAAGAAAAGUGGUCCUAAACAAGAAGUCACUGAGAUAACAACUGUGGAAAAGGAGGGCGAAGAACCAGUCACAACCGUAACUGUCAAAGAGGAAACCCCAAUUGAAAAGGACGAACUCGUAGAACUUCCAGAAGAGACGACCGUGGAGGAAGUUACUUCGGACGAUGGUAAGCCUAAGCAAAAGAAAGUAACAAAACGUGUCAUCAAAAAGAAGGUAGGUCCAAAAAUCGAAACUACACACAUUACCACCACACAACAAGACAACGAACAACCAGUCACAACUGUUCACAAAACAGAGGAAAUCAUUGAUGACACUACUACCCCCAUUGAAGACCUACAAGCACCGGAAACAGCGAGUAUCGUCGAGGAGGAACCCGAAGAAGUUAAAGUCGAACAGGUAAAAGCAGAAACCGGUGAAAUAACACAAGUGAAGACGGUUAGACGAGUAAUUAAGAAGAAAAGAGGUCCUAAACAAGAAGUCACUGAGAUAACAACUGUGGAAAAGGAGGGCGAAGAACCAGUCACAACCGUAACUGUCAAGGAGGAAACCCCAAUUGAAAAGGACGAACUCGAAGAACUUCCAGAAGAGACGACCGUGGAGGAAAUUACUUCCGACGAUGGUAAGCCUAAGCAAAAGAAAGUGACAAAACGUGUCAUCAAAAAGAAGGUAGGUCCAAAAAUCGAAACUACACACAUUACCACCACACAACAAGACAACGAACAACCAGUCACAACUGUUCACAAAACAGAGGAAAUCAUUGAUGACACUACUCCCCCCCCCAUUGAUGACCUACAAGCACCGGAAACAGCGAGUAUCGUCGAGGAGGAACCCGAAGAAGUGAAGGUCGAACAGGUAAUAGCAGAAACUGGUGAAAUAACACAAGUGAAGACGGUUAGACGAGUAAUUAAGAAGAAAAGAGGUCCUAAACAAGAAGUCACUGAGAUAACAACUGUGGAAAAGGAGGGCGAAGAACCAGUCACAACCGUAACUGUCAAGGAGGAAACCCCAACCUUGAAAAGGAGGAACUCG